UGGAAGGGAUACAUUCUGAAGUACUGCCACGAGAUCUUCUGUAUAUCCUGCACCAACAUUCUUGUAUAAUACACUUGUAGUCUGACUGAUGGACUCAACACAUGGAAGAAAAUAAUGACUGUACAAGAGUUGUGUGACGGUGUGCACGAGACCUGGACCAGGGACCAGGGACCAGGGACCAGGGACCAGGGACCAACUCAACGUUCAAAUUCUCUAGGUUGUUCACGUGUUCUUCCAUUAUUUGAAGAACAUUUGAGGUGUGUGGCCAAUAUGAAGCCUGAAGAACUGUUCACCAGUGAGGUCUUACUUUGGAGAUACGUGCGAGCCCUGGCAUGCUUGUUACUUCUGCAGGUGAUUGCUCCAAUGGCUGUUUGCAACCUCUAUCACACAAUUGUUGCCCAAGGAAUACUGAAUCCAGUUAUUAUCAUCUCAAAUCUAGUAACAUCUUGUAUCUAUCCAACAAAAUUGCUACGUCUCGUGGUUCCGGCGGCCUGUUUUAUCAUGCUGGCUCGCAUCCACAUUAAAUCCUAUACUGUAAGUGCAUGGGUGCCACUUAACCGCCUAGAGAAGUGGAGGCGUAUGCUUUCUCCAGUUGUAAUCUUCAGAAGUGGACUGGUCAUGACAUCUUGUGCCCUGUUAGCCAAUUUUUAUACAUCACUCGCACAUCCUGACUUUCCCUUCCUCUUGAUGCCAUGCAUGUCUGGGGAUAUCAUGUGUUAUAAACGCAAGUCUGUCAUAAUCUUUAUGGGCGCCUAUGUAGGUUAUCACUAUGCCUAUAAGUACUUCAUGGCUAAUGGGAACCUAGUGACACCUCUCCCUGCACACCCAAGAAAGCUGCAGUUGAUCAAGGCCAGCCUCAGUUUACGGAGCAUGCGAGAAGCUUGCAAUAGCUAUGGAGCCAGCAAACUUUCGUUUUUGUUUGCCAUUGGAUUUUAUAUGGCUCUUUCAAUAUUGAUAAGUUUGGUUAAUAAUGGGAAGUGGCAAGAUUGGGUGGUGAUAUUUGACUUGCCACUGAUGAUGAUGACACUUUUAGCCACAGUGCUCCUGGCCAUCAGCCUCUCCCUCUUCUCACAGCUCUUCCAUAUCUUCAUAACAGAGCCUUUUGAAAUUCCGGUUGCUAGUGCAGAAGACAACAACCCUGAUGCUGAUGGAGACUCAUGGAGGCUGUGUAAUGCUCUCAGUUCGUCUGGCAUUCUCCAAGUUCUAGCCUUCUGGGACCUCAAGUCACUGGCAUCUUCAGAUCCCCGGAACCUUUCAAGACGCUCCCAAGUUUUCGCCAUCAGUCAGCCAGGUGGCCAUCCACGGAACUGGUUAGGCAUCGUGAACCCAUCUCUCAACCUGAUUCGUAAAUUCUGUGAAAGGCUCCGCCGACAAAACUGUCCAGAGAGCCUCCCUAGUGUACCUCCCCUGCCAGUUGAGACAACUGCCUUGACUGAUGUCAAUAAAAAUGAAGUUGAGAAGCCGCCACCUGUUCCACUCAAGGAAAGGGUAAUCAGUUUUGUAAUGAGUUUGAAAAGAUAUCCAAUAUUUGGGUAUUUUUUGUCUGACCUGCCCGAUGCCCCCAACCGAAGCAUCUUCGCUGAGGCACUCCCUGUCAUAUGGGCAGUUCAGGCUCUUGGUGAUCUGACAGCGGCCUCCUUCACAGAAGACAAAUAUGGUGUAGUGCAAAGAAAUAUACCAGACAUAUUGAUGGCCUUUACACAACUGCAGAAGGUGGUUGAUGGUUUGGGUCGAGUAACAAUAACAAGAAGAGCAACCAGCACAGGAGAGAGACUACCAGCUGAGUUACAGCUCAGAAAAGCACUUAGAUUUUCUCUCAGAUCUGCAUUGUACACAAUCACAACUACUUUUGGAAAUACAGUAUUGGAAAUGCAAGUAUCUGCUGAAUGCCAGAGUAAACUUCAGUCUUACUUGGAGUUCAAAGAAGGUUGACACUGCAAGGGAUGUACUUGAUAUGAAUGAAGAAUCAGUGUAAUCCUUUGAAGAAAUAAGUUUUCUGCAGAAGUGAGGUAUCUGUGCUUUUACUGACGCUUAACUUAUGCAGCAAGAUUAUUGGUUCAAAUAUAAUUUUGAUAUGAAUGAGAUUGCCUCAUAAUCUGGGAAGAAAAUUACCAGGUUUCUGUGAAUGGCUAACCCAAAAUGUAAGUGACAUGCAGCCAUGUAUGAAUAUUAAUCAAAGGCUAUUUGGGAAAGUGACAAAGUUUUUAUCCUAAUCAAAAGUAUUACAAAAAAAUCAGACUUGUUUCUUUGUGUUGCACUUUGGUUAUUGUAGUUAAUUCAUACACAUUGAUUACAUAGUCAGAAUGUAUGUGAAUGUAGAAUUUAGUGUUGAAGUCCUGUGAAAGAUCUGCUAGCAUGUAACUUGCAUACAGUUAAUUAAAUUGCAAAAUUGGAUGAAUUAAUGAUGUGUUCUUUGAGAGGUUUACCUGUAAGUACAGCUGAUGAGUCAGUAACUGGCUGGUGAAGGAAGCACCAGCAUGUUCUUGGAUUAUAUAGAAUAUGUUUCUCUUUUUAAUAUUGUAAAUUAGACUUAGGUGUUUUCAAGCAUUUUAAUUAAGACAUAUACAUAUAUUGCAUUUUUUUUUUUAAUAAAGCAUUAGAAUUUCUUAAGAUGAUACAGAUUAGAUAAUUACAAUAAAAAUUAUUAUCCAUGGGAAAGUGGAAAAAUUCCUCCCUCCAUAAGUCCUGCAUGUCGUUAAAGGCCAGGAGCGAGGGGCUAGUUACCCCUUCUCCUGUAUGAAUUACUAAAUGUAAAAUGUUUUCUUUUUGCUUCACCCUGCCUUGGUGGGAGAUAGCCAGUGUGUUGAAAAAAAAAUUAUGGCUGAAAGCAAAUAUUCUUAUUGAAAAUGUUAAUGAUGUACAGUACAUAGUUUAAUUUAUUGAUUUUUAUGAGUAGUAAAUUUACUAAAGAAUGUAGUUCAUAUUUGAGAUGGUGAAUUUUAUUACAUUAUGUGAUCAACUAGCCUAUUAAUGAGAGUUGUGGUGCACUGGAGAGACAGGUUAAAAUAGUUCUACCCUUACUUUGCUGGGGAAAUGACCAGUGUGGUUACAAACCAGAGUUCAGGUGUACGGUGUAGCACAGGUGGUGAAAGUACUUAAGGAAGUCUUCUGUGGGGUUUAAAUAAGAGGGACAUAACUCACUGGUAACCUGCUGGUUAAAAUGUGAGUGCCAUUUAUCCCUUGAUCAGGAAAUGAAGUGGUGUGUGAUACACACAUUCUCAACCAUUUAUUUCAAUCCCCCAUUGAGAUAUUUUUUAUGUGAGGAGGGAAGCCCCUUCCCUCACACUGCUGUAGACACUGGUGCAAAGACUUGAAGUAUGUAUCAUUAAAUCUCAUUACAAAUAGAAUGAUAAUUCUUUAGUUUUAGAUUAAUACAUGUUUUAUAACCAAUAAACUAUCAUAAUGGUAGUAAAAAUGGAAAGUUGAAUUUAUUCUACAGCUUAUGAAAUGCAGUUUACAAGUUAGCAGACUUAAUAUGAAGAUAUUUGGGGAGAUUCAUAUUUAUCAUUUACAUACUAAAAAUAAUUGAAAAUAAAGGCUGUGUAUGAGUUCAGCAUUGUUCCUUGCUCAAUAUUUGUAUCGAUCAGUGUCUUUUUUUUUUUUUUUUUUUUUUUUUUUUUUUGAAAAAUUUAGUCACAUCUGUACAUAUAGUCUUUAGUAACAGCAUGUUACUAGGCACAUCUGUACAUGUUGUCACUGGUGACAGCAUGUCGCUAUUCUUCUGGUAAAUGAAAAAAAUUGUCUGAUAAUUUCUUAGUCCAUUUCAGGUUUUGAAUGGUUGAUAUGUAUAUUGUUUCUAACUAAAUUUAAUUCAAUUUUGCUGUCUGUCUCACUUGAUGUUCUAAAAUUCAAAUGAAAUUAGGUAUUCUUAGUUUUUUGCUCUAGAAUUUUAUAAAAUCAUGUCAGAACAUUCUAAUUUUACUAAAUAAAUUGUAAAAUGUA